CCUGAACUUCCUAUAAAAACUCUUAACCCCGUUGCUCUUGUUCACCACCAAAGCAGCAAACUCUCUUUGAUUCUCCUUUCAAAAACAACACAAAAGAUUAGUCUCAAGCAACCAAAAACAAGAGAUAUGAAGAACGAAUCUACAUUCAUCGAUGUUCCUGCAGAGUCCAGCUCAGCAAUGAAAGGAAAAUCUCCUCUAAUCGGUGUAGCUAAAGACCACACUACUGGUGGAUACAAUAGAGGUCUCUCAAUCUUCGACUUCCUCCUCCGUUUAGCUGCCAUUGUUGCAGCAUCAGUGGCCGCUGGAACGAUGUUUACUAGCGACGAGACUCUUCCUUUCUUUACACAGUUCUUACAGUUCGAAGCUGGCUACGACGAUCUACCAACUUUCCAGUUCUUUGUGAUUGCCAUGUCCAUGGUUGCAGGAUACAUCGUCCUCUCACUUCCUAUCUCCGUAGUCACCAUCGUUCGCCCUCUCGCCGCCGCUCCAAGACUCCUCUUGCUCGUUCUUGACACUGCGAUUAUGGGGUUGACCAUGGCGGCUGCAUCAUCGGCGGCAGCGAUAUCUUAUGUAGCACACAAUGGAAACCAGAACACGAACUGGCUUCCCAUUUGCCAGCAGUUUGGUGACUUCUGUCAGAAAACCAGCGGAGCUGUUGUCUCCUCCUUUGUCGCCGUUGUAUUCUUCAUGAUCUUGGUCGUUCUCUCCGGCGUCGCUCUCAAGAGGCGCUAAUCAAUACUCUUAUAAAUGUUGUUACCAUUAUUGUAAAACCAUUGUCACGUGUGUGUAUAUUAUUCAUCCUUGUUUAUGUUUGUAUUAAUAUUUUCUGAAAGUGUGAUUGUAGCUCUGCUUUUGUGAAAAAAAAAAAACUAAAUGAUUUUCUCAAAUUUAA